AUGGCUGACAUUUUGCUGGGAUCGCGUAGUGUAAAGUCUCAUGGACUCAAGGUAGCAAGAAUACAUAUGCAUGACUGGCUAAUUCUUCUACUUCUUUUGGCAAUAGUGGGCAUCUUGAAUUUCAUAGAAUCUUUUCAUCGCUUUGUUGGUGAAGAAAUGAUGAUAGACUUGAAAUACCCAUUCAAGCAUAAUACUAUCCCCGUUUGGAGCGUUCCGAUUUUCACCAUACUGUUGCCGAUUGCUAUAUUUUUUCUGUAUUACUAUUACAGACUGGAUGUUUAUGAUUGGCAUCAUGCUAUAUUGGGUAUUCUGUAUUCUGUGCUAAUCACUGGAGUUAUUACAGAUGCAAUCAAAGAUGUUGUGGGUAGGCCACGACCAAACUUCUUUUGGAGGUGUUUUCCUGAUGGAAAUGGGGUGUUUGAUGAAAUUACAGGUAAUGUAGCAUGUUAUGGAGACCCAGAAAUUAUCAAGGAGGGAUACAAAAGUUUUCCGAGUGGGCAUACUUCAUGGUCCUUUGCCGGUCUGACUUUCCUGUCAUGGUAUAUAGCUGGGAAAAUUCGAGCAUUUGAUCGAAGGGGGCAUGUUGCCAAGCUUUGCAUAGUAUUGCUUCCAAUACUUGGUGCUGCUCUUGUGGGCGUUUCUCAUAUUGAUGACUACUGGCACCAUUGGACUGAUGUGUUUGCUGGAGCUCUUAUAGGAACAACGGUAGCAGCAUUGUGUUAUUUACAAUUCUUUCCCUUCCCAAAUCAUGUCGACGGUUGGGCACCUCAUGCAUAUUUCAAAAUGUUGGCAGAGAUGAAUGGUGAUGUUCAGUCUGCAACCGCGAGAAUCAACUCUCUGCGCGUGAGAAGACCAGACGCGACCUCUGACACCACUGCAUAUGUAGGUUGUGAGAUUGACAGAGGAAAUCCAAAGUUCAUCUCACAAGAUACAAGCCCAGUCUAG